AUGCUACUAGUUGACACCUACGAGCAGAAGAUCGAACAGGACGAGGAUUUAAAGCGACGUAUCGCUCAGUCACGACCGCACAAGAAACUCACGUCAAAACGUGUUUACUUGGAUUUACUGCGAAAAGAUGACGUUCUGUCACAUGGAGCUGUUACUAACGAAUAUCUUAUCAAAUGUAAUCUGGAAGCACUUGGUAUCGAAGGUAUGAAGAAGAAAGAUGUUCAUCUGGACUCGGAUCGGCGUUUGUCAUUGUAUGCCUACACCCAUGACACCUUCAGCUUGCUACUCGUGCCGAUGAUCAAAGAAAAGUAG